CAGACUUACAAAUGUUGGUAUAAUUUUUAUAUAAUAUAAACAUGUGACAAAAAUAACAUCUUUAGUUUUUUGUUGCGUUCAAUCUAUUUAUUAAAAGAUAGACAUAAUAGUAAAUGAAUGUGAGCGAAUAACGAAGGAAUAACUAACUAGAAACAGAACAAACAGCUAACAAUUAAUUAUAAUAUAUCAUUUUUCACAUUAACUAAGAAAUAAUAGUAAAAUAACAUAAUUCAUUGUAAGCUAUUAAUAAUGGCUGGAGAAAGCCUAAAACCUAUUAAAGCAAGCGGCAACAACAACAACCAAGGCGAUAAAACCAAAAUAAGCACAAAACAACUGCACAACAACUUUCACAAGUUGACAACAAUAAUUCAAAUGAAGAAAUGGAACAUAGUGAACAGUUUAAUCAUCGUCGUCGUCGUCAUCAUUGGUUACACCAUCAACGAAGAUACAGCUAAGCUGAGAGAGGAGCUGAUUUCGCUGAGGCGGAAUUUAUCGGAAAAGUCAGGUACUGGUUUGAAAUUUCGACUUGAAGAUGAUAACAGAGCGAAGGCAUUCCAAUUGACAUCUAAUCAGUUUAGGAGCAGGAGGGAAAGCGACAGCAGCAGCAGCAAUAGUAGUAGCAGCAGAAGCAGUAGGAGUAGUAGGAGUGGUGGCAGUGGUACUUGUCUUUGUCCGGCAGGGCCUCCGGGUACACCUGGAUUGCCAGGAGCUCCAGGUGAAGAAGGGAAAAAGGGAAAGAAGGGAGACAAAGGAGACCAAGGCCACCCAGGCCUUAUUGGACUUCCCGGUCGAAACGGAUUUCCGGGACCAAUCGGAUUAGAGGGACAGGGAGGUGAUAAAGGUGAACCAGGUCUGAAAGGCGAAAAAGGAGAUAAAGGUGAUCGAGGUUACGUAGGAGAGAAGGGUGACAUGGGACCCUCCGGAUUUGAUGGAAUGCCAGGGAACAAAGGGAACAGGGGACCUCCUGGCUUUCCAGUUGGUGUUGGCAAGGAAGGGAUUGAAAAGAUACACCUUUUGAAAGGUGAACCUGGUGAGGCAGGCCCUCCAGGUAAGCAGGGGCCUGUCGGUCCACCCGGAUUGCCUGGGUUCGAUGGAGUGUCUGGCCUACCUGGAGAAAAAGGUCAAAUAGGACCAAAAGGACCGCCGGGUGAACCAGGGAGAGAUGGAGAACCAGGCAGUUCUGGAGCUAAAGGAGAAAAGGGUUCGCCAUCAUUUUCAUCAUCGUCCCAAUUAUCGCCGAAUUCGUUUGCAUCUUUCGAAAGAGCCGACCAGAUGCUGGAACCAUUGAGUUCCACCGCAUACGCUAAUGAUUUCGUCAAAAGUUCUCAAGCUUUUUCUGGAUCUAUGAAUAAAAAAAUAGUUCUGCAGCUUAUUUUUCCCAUUAUUCCUUACCAGUCAGACGCUGGCUACAACCACCAUCAUCUCCAUCACCACUCCUUGCUGAAUUUUAAAAAAUGCGACAUGCACGUGACUGCACUGGCUGGCUCGGAGAAAGGUCCGGAGGAGAGGAUCGUUAAAUCUCAAACUAGUGCCAAAGUUCUCAAUAAAAAUAGAGGUGAUGCUGAAAGAUGUUAA